CGCGGAGGAGAAGGCGGCGGCGCUGCUGAGAGGGGGGGGCGGCCCCGCCCGGAGAUGGGGAUUCUCAGCAUCACGGACCAGCCUCCUCUGGUCCAAGCCAUUUUUAACCGUGAUAUAGAGGAGGUACGGUCAUUACUGAGUCAGAAGGAGAAUAUCAAUGUGUUGGACCAAGAGAGACGAACCCCUUUGCACGCAGCUGCAUACUUAGGGGACACCUCUAUUGUUGAACUCCUAAUACUAUCAGGUGCUAACGUCAAUGCAAAGGACACUCUUUGGCUAACCCCGUUACACCGUGCUGCAGCUUCUCGUAAUGAGAAAGCACUUAACCUCCUCCUAAAGCACUCGGCAGACAUCAAUGCUCGUGACAAGUAUUGGCAAACACCACUGCAUGUUGCUGCUGCCAACAGAGCAACCAAGUGUGCUGAGACCAUCAUCCCACUGCUUAGUAAUGUUAAUGUGGCAGACCGCACUGGCCGCACAGCACUGCACCAUGCUGUACACAGUGGGCACCUUGAGAUGGUAAACUUGCUCUUAAAUAGAGGGGCCAAUCUGAGCACAUGUGACAAGAAGGAGAGACAGCCAAUACAUUGGGCAGCCUUUCUGGGGCAUUUGGAAGUGUUGAAGCUACUGGUAGCCCGUGGAGCUGACAUCACGUGCAAGGACAAAAAGGGUUACACACUGCUACACACAGCAGCAGCCAGCGGCCAGAUUGAAGUUGUGAAACAUCUGCUGAGGCUUGGAGUUGAGAUUGAUGAACCAAAUUCCUUUGGCAACACUGCACUUCACAUUGCCUGUUACAUGGGCCAGGAUGCCGUGGCGAAUGAACUGGUCAACUACGGCGCCAAUGUCAAUCAGCCCAAUGAAAAGGGCUUUACCCCCCUGCACUUUGCUGCCGUCUCCACCAACGGAGCCCUGUGCCUGGAACUUCUUGUCAAUAAUGGAGCUGAUGUGAACUUUCAGAGUAAAGAAGGGAAGAGUCCUUUGCACAUGGCUGCCAUUCAUGGACGGUUUACACGCUCUCAGAUUCUUAUACAAAAUGGCAGUGAGAUUGACUGCGCUGAUAAAUAUGGCAAUACCCCCCUUCACGUUGCUGCUAGAUAUGGCCACGAGCUGCUAAUUAGUACUUUGAUGACGAAUGGUGCUGACACUGCAAGGCGUGGGAUCCACGACAUGUUCCCUCUGCACUUAGCUGUUCUCUUUGGAUUCUCAGACUGUUGUCGUAAGCUACUUUCCUCAGGUCAGUUGUACAGCAUUGUCUCCUCACUCAGCAACGAGCAUGUGCUGUCUGCAGGCUUUGAUAUCAAUACGCCAGAUAACCUCGGGAGGACCUGCCUCCAUGCUGCUGCUUCCGGAGGGAAUGUUGAAUGUCUUAACUUGCUGUUGAGCAGUGGAGCUGACUUGAGGAGGAGAGAUAAGUUUGGAAGGACUCCUUUGCACUAUGCAGCUGCAAAUGGCAGCUAUCAGUGUACGGUGACAUUAGUCACUGCCGGAGCCAGUAUUAAUGAAGCUGACUGUAAAGGCUGCACCCCCUUACAUUAUGCUGCUGCUUCAGACACUUACAGGAGAGCUGAGACUCAUUCAGGAAACAGCCAUGACACUGAUGAAGAGCCGCUGAAAGAGUCACGACUGAAGGAGGCCAUCUUUUGUUUAGAGUUCUUAUUGGAUAAUGGUGCUGACCCCUCUCUCCGAGACAAACAGGGAUACACUGCUGUCCAUUACGCAGCUGCCUAUGGCAACCGACAGAACCUUGAGUUGCUCCUGGAAAUGUCGUUUAACUGCCUGGACGAUGUGGAAAGCACCAUUCCAGUCAGCCCUUUGCACUUAGCUGCCUAUAAUGGUCACUGUGAAGCCCUGAAGACGCUUGCCGAAACCCUGGUGAACCUGGAUGUGCGGGACCACAAAGGGCGGACGGCUUUGUAUCUUGCCACAGAGAGGGGCUCUACGGAGUGCGUGGAGGUGCUCACCAGCCAUGGUGCUUCUGCUCUUGUGAAGGAGAAAAAGAAGAAGUGGACACCCCUCCAUGCUGCUGCUGCCUAUGGGAACACAGAUUCCCUGCAUCUUCUCAUUGAUAGUGGGGAGAGAGUCGACAUCACUGAUGUCAUGGACAUCCAUGGACAGACCCCAUUGAUGUUGGCAAUCAUGAAUGGCCAUGUAGAUUGUGUCCAUCUCUUACUAGAGAAGGGAUCCACAGUGGACGCAGCAGACAGAAGAGGCAGGACCGCACUGCACCGAGGGGCUGUUACUGGCUGUGAAGACUGCCUUGCAGCACUGCUGGACCAUGAUGCCUUUGUAUUGUGUCGGGAUUUCAAGGGCCGGACCCCGAUUCAUUUUGCCUCGGUGUGUGGGCAUUCUGAAAUCCUGAGGACCUUGCUGCAGGCAGCGCUCUCUACUGACCCUCUGGACUCUGUAGUGGACUAUAGUGGCUAUUCACCAAUGCACUGGGCUUCAUACAGUGGGCAUGAAGAUUGUCUUGAAUUGUUACUUGAACACAAUCCAUUUGCAUACCUAGAAGGAAACCCCUUUACUCCAUUGCACUGUGCAGUAAUUAACAACCAGGAUGGCACUGCUGAGAUGCUUGUUGAAGCAUUGGGUGCCAAGAUUGUUAAUAGCAGAGAUGCCAAAGGAAGGACCCCCCUUCACGCUGCUGCCUUUGCAGACAACAUCCAUGGUUUACAAUUGCUUUUGCAACACCAGGCUGAGGUAGAUGGAACUGACCAAUUGGGGAGGACCCCUCUUAUGAUGGCUGCUGAAAAUGGCCAGACGGCAGCAGUUGAGUUCCUGCUGUACAGAGCAAAAGCAGAUCUAACUGUGCUGGAUGUCAACAAGAACACAGCUCUUCACCUGGCCUGCAGUAAGGGUCAUGAAAAGUGUGCCUUGUUGAUUCUGGGGGAAACCCAAGACCUUGGCCUUAUCAAUGCAACAAACAGUGCUCUACAGAUGCCACUCCAUAUUGCAGCUCGAAACGGAUUGGCCUCUGUUGUCCAGGCUCUGCUGAGCAGAGGUGCCACUGUGCUUGCUGUGGAUGAAGAAGGUAUGCAUCAUUCACAUCUGGAAGCUCAAGGCCAUACCCCAGCCUUGGCUUGUGCCCCCAACAAAGACGUUGCUGACUGCCUGGCACUUAUCCUUUCCACCAUGAAGCCUUUUCCACCUAAAGACGCCAUCAGCCCUUUCAGCUUCAACCUCCUCAAGAACUGCGGCAUUGCUGCCAAGACAGCCGCCUGCAGCUCCCUGCCCAACGGGAACAGCUGCCCUUACACCAAGGAUAGGCACAAUGCCAUCGGCUUAGAUGGCUGUUAUUCGGAAUAGCUUAAAAAAAAAACAAUGAUGGGUGAUCUAGUAUCUCUUCUAUUUAUUUAGGAAUUCUAUCAAUAUAGGACACUUUAAAGGAGAACAAGACUGGGAACGGGCCUUGUAAAAGGUCCUAGGAACCAAAAAAAAAGGAAAGAGAGAGAGAGAGAGAAAAAAAAAACCCUAGAGAAAAUGAUCUCAGCUUCUGCAUCCUACCUAGAUACUUGCUUUGACCACUAGCAUUUCUUUUGCUAUCACAAUUAACAAAAAGAAGUGUGGAUUUCCAAACAGAUUUGCCCUCUUAAGGCGGUUUUUUUUUGUGUUCAAAAUUACUCUGUGAAGCUUUAAAACAAAAUCUGCUUGCAUUCUUCUUUCCCUUGCUGUUUGCCAAAGGGUAUAUUGCCCGGUUCUUCGGCGUUCCAAUGUUUUUAAACAACCCACCUUUUUCAGUCCAAUUCCUCAAGGCUUGAUGCUCCGAGUGAAGAGCCAAUUAAAUUUACUUUAAAAUUUACUUUAAAUGCAUGGGGUUGUGGCAGCAGCCAAAGGACCCAAAUUUGAUCAUCUAGAUCAGCUUAACUGUGUCUCCCACACUUCCCCUCUGUCAGGCCACCUUAUCAUUUGGCAUCAUUUUUCUCUGGGCCCCUCAAGAGCAUAAAAAAAUAAUUCCGAGGGUCCCAGCAGUAUAGGCAGGGAGCAGAAGCCUGAAUUGCUGCUGCUGUUGCUUUUUAUUUUGCAUUUUGAAAUGAGGACAGGGAGGUUGAUCAAGGAGGGACCGCCAAGAAGGGUAGCAGCUGCUGGCAAAGUGCCACUAUCAUUGCUUCUUCCCCCAGGGUAACUUUUGUUUGUUCGUUAGUUUGUUGUGCUCGCCCUUUUUGAUUCCAGUGAAAAACACUUGAACUGAGAACUACUGUACCUGGCUACUCUGAUACUUUAGGCAGCUCAUAGUCCCCAAAUGCUGUUGCCCAACCAACGUGGUUCCUCUUUAAAAAAAAAAACUUGUGUAUGCGCUGCCAGAAUUACCCCAACCACAUCAGGCACUUUAGGGAUCUUCUGUUUUUGGAGGCUGGGUUUUUUUGUUUUGUUUUGUUUUGUUUUGUUUUGGGGGGGAGACGGAAGAUUAUCGGGGUUGCAAAAUGUUGGAUCCCCAAAAAGAAUUUCUUUUGUGGUUCCCCCUGCCCCCCUCCCGUCUCUGUGUUCUGCAGUGUUUCCCAUUAGACAAGUCAGUGUUGCCUAAAAAAGUUAUUGAUAAAGAAGCAAGCAUUUUAUCUUUUGAAAAAUAGCAAAAAGGAAAGAAAAAAGAAAAAAAAGCUUUCUGCAAGGAGAACAAUGCACUUCAGAAUCUUACAAUCCUACAUUUGUAUUUAUAAUUUUCCCCACUAGAAUAACAUCCAGAAGAUUUCAUUAGAGUGUGUGUGUGUGUGUGUAUGUCUCUGUCCAUCCAUCCAUAUGUGGGGCUAGUAUGAGAGUGUAUUUUUUAAUUUUAAAAUUCCUAUUUAUUACACAUUUGAGCGUGUGCACUGUUUUUUCUUUCUUUUUGUACUGUAAACUAUCAUGUGUAGAAACUAACAAAAAAAAGAUUACCAUAUUGCAAAGUAUGUUCAAAGCCAAAGAUUGGGAUGUAGCAAUCAAAUGAAAGCUGCUGGGGCAAAACGUUUAUGACCUAAUAAUCUUUCCCAUCGCUUUCCCAGUCCUGCAGAGCUGCGGUAGGCUUGGGACUGCGUCUAGCAGAACAUUUGAAUUUUCAGAAUGAACUAUUCCAUCUUUCAAAGAGAAGAGUUGAAUCGGAAGUGAGAAAAGAUAAUGAUGAAAUAAUAAGUGUAGACAAGAGACAAAUCCCUUCCUUUUGGCACUGUUUGAAUUUACCAAAGCCAAAUUCCUACAGCCAAAUGACACAGCCACUAUCUUGCCCCUUGCCAAACAGUGCAUUUUUUAAAUGAUAUGAUCACUUUGUUUUUCCUCUCUUUUUAUGGAGCCUUCCUCUGCCCCUAUCCCCCCCACACCCAGCCUCCCUCCCCCCCUUACGGCUUUCUCAGAGAUUUAUUACAUGCCAUUUGAGAUCAGUUAUUCUAAGCAUUUGCUGAAUUAUUUUGUUUGUUUCCUGCAUAUGGAUAGAUUGCAAAAAUAAAAUAAAAAUUGGGGGCCUUAAAAGGUAGUGAAUUCUAGUCUUCAAACAAACCUAACAAUGUCCUUUGACUAAGCCUUCUGCAGAGACUAGGGCACUACUAGCUUAGCUGUUUCUUCUUUCUUUGAUGCCCAAGGAAUCUUAAUAAAUCUUUUCAUUUUGCAGCUGCAGGGUAAUGAGCGUAUUAAAAGUUUCAAUGCACUUGCCAAAAAAGCACAGCGGACAGCCUGUUGCAGAUUGGCCAUUAAUGUUUUCACUGCACUAUGGUUGGGUUACUUUUCUCUGCCCUCAGUUACUCCACAUUCUCUACCUUGAAAGAAAGUGUUAACCUUUCUACACCAAAUACCUCACUGUUGGAAUAGAAAUGAACAAAACUUGAAUUAAAGAUUCCUCUUCUCCCCCGUCCCCCACUUUUUGACGAGAAAGGUCCUUUUCAGCAUCCUGUAGGUGGAGAGCUGAAAACAAAACAAAACAAAAAACAAACCAACCACUUGUUUACAUUUUAUUAGGUACUAGCAAUUUACUUCUUUCAAAUUGCCUAAUUUUAUUUUUAGCCUUCUAAGCGCAACACCCCCCCUCCCCCAAUAGAAGGGCAAAGAGGGCAUAAGUUGGGAGCGCCAAAGUAAGUGGUGAAGCCACUCUUGGUCAUUGUUUGAUUUCUUUUCAAGGGCUAAAUGAAUAAUCCUCUAAAGGCAGAAACUGGACGGAGACAUUUGUAGGAAAAUGGGUGGGGGAAAUCCAGUGUUCCUUGCAGUGCUGAGAACUAGGGAGCCUUCAGGUAUUCUGUCUCUUUCCACAGGUGCAAUGGUUUAAACCCGGGAGGGGGGUGGCGGUGUCCAAUCUUGGCAAACUUUUAAGACUUGUGGACUUCAACUCUCAGUAUUCCUCAGCCAAUUCUGGGAGUUGAAGUCCACAGGUCUGUAUUCAUCCCAAACCAUGGCUUUGUGGCCUGGAGGAAUGUGGGCUCAUUUUGAAAUCCUAGCAGUUUGUUCUUAUAGGAGAGAAAAACCCAUUCUCCUCCCUCCCCUUUUUUUUUACACUUAAUGUGCAUUGAAUUAUAGUUGCUUCUGUAGCAGUUUUUGGAAAUGAAUAUAGCUUGAAUGGUUUACAAUUUCUA